UCAAGCGUCCUAUAUAUUCCUAUAAAAUCCUAUAAAGUCCUAUUUUUUCAGACUUGUCCUAUAAACUCCUAUAAAUUGAGGUAAAUCCUAUAUUUUCCUAUAUUUUAAGCCUUCUUGUAAAAAAAAAAGAAUAUUCAAGAAAUGUAAAAGUUGUAUUGGCGUUUAAAAUCCACAAUCCAGGAGAUUUUUUGUCACAAAUAUCUGUUAGAAACAGCUUAGAAAGCAAAUUGCCCAAUUUGCACUCUUGCAAUGCAUUGUGGGUUGACUGUGGGGGGUCUUCCUGGCUGCCAUGUUGGUGUUGAGAGGUGAGUUUAUAUUUUACAUCCAUUUCCAUCCUCUUUGUAUUCUAACAAUAGCUGUUUAUUAUUAUGUCACCUCACUUGAGAUUGAUGACCCUUUGUUCUUGUAUCUAUUUUGAAUGAGAAAACCAAAUACACUUGUUGCUUCAAUGUUUCUUUUAUGAUGUAACAUCAGAUACGGAACGAACCACUUUUGUUUCUGAUAUGAUUAUUAUCCUUUCGUCCAAAAAUGCCUUUUAUCUUGUAGAAUAACUUACUUAGAUGCUUUAAUGUGAAAUGAAAAAAGUUAUAAAUAUAAAUUAAAGUAAAUAAAUCCGUGAGUUUGCUGAUUUUCAAUACGAUUACAUGUACUAACAUUUAAUGCUAUUUUAGAGAUAGUUAAAAUUUUGUAGUGUUUCUGCUGUUUUGUGGUUCAAGUUGUAUUUUUAAAAACAGUCAAUAUUUGGUCUGUGCGUUCAGCCACUCUUUAACUGAGGAAGUAUAAGGUUAUUUUGGUGGUACACUACAUGUCACAUUUCAGAUUUGCAUGGCCCCCUGGAAAAUGAUCAAAGGAUGCAAAUAACUUAAUGCUGUAUUAACCAGUAAAUAAUUAUUCGCAAGUUCUACUUGAAUGGAAACCCUGCAGCUUUUUUAAACAACUUCUACCUUUGUUUAGAAUUGUUCAACAACAGAUAAUCUUUUUUUUGGUCAUUAAUUAGAGUGAGACUACAUUGGCAGACAUGCCCAAACAUCAGACAAAGUUUAAUGACCGCUGGCUAGAUGAAAUAGAUGGAAAUGGCCAUAAACUCAGGUUGUGGUGUUCCAAAGAAAUGUGAAAAAGAGAAAGAAGAGAAUGAAAGGAGAAGGAAGGAAAAAGAGAAAGAAGAGGCAGAAAUUGCUAGGCGACAGAAAGAAAUGGAUGCUUUGAAGGCCAAGAAUGCAUCACUCCUUGAAAAGGAAACAGCCCUUAACGAAAGAGAGAAGGAGCUAAGAGAAAAGCUGGAAGGAGUUGGCCAACUCCUUAUCGACGGAAACAGCAAGCUGAAGAGUUCAGUCAAAAGCAGUGAUAGAGCUGGCAUAAAUGCAGCGGAAGUCAUGAUAGAAACUGCUUCAGGGUUAGCACAGAAGCUUAAUGCAGAGAUAUCUGAGAUAAGAGAGAAGCAGAGAAAUGUCGAGUGUCAAAAGCGGAAGCUUAUUGAAAAAAGCUUAGGAGAAGUUCCUAUGAAGAAGGCCAGGGUGUGUGCCUCGGUACCAAAGCAAGCAUCAAAGAAGAAGAGAAAAAAGAAAUCCAAUGUUAAGACAACCACAGCGACCUAAAAGCAGCGGUGAAGGCCUUGUUUAUAGAAGAAUUUCCGAAUGCUUCAGCUUAUCUGAAAGUUCAUCCAGAACUGUGACUUGUGUUGAGUUAUUUGGCCUUGUAGCAUAUAAAUUUCCUUGCUUGUUACUUGCAUUCACAAAAGUGUCAGUACUGAGUUUUGAACUCGAACCAGUUUAUAUUGUUUAUAUUGUUGAACUGAAAGGGAUGUCAGAUUGCCCUUCUUAUUGAUCUCACAAGCCGAAGAACGUAUUGUUAGUAAGAUCAGGUAAUGAUUCCAGAAAAAAAAAAUAAAGAGAUUUUUGAAACCUAAAGUGUCUUUCUUUUAUUGACUUUCAAUUGGCAACAUAUAAAUAAUGAUAUUAAAUUGUCUUAAAACUAAAGAACCUUACGUUGGGCCUAAAAGUGACUGUCAGAUUAGUCCUAUAUUUUUGCAGUUUUGGUGGGUUUUGUCCUAUAUUUUCAGGUUGUUGAGUCCUAUAUUCCUAUAUUUUUGGACCCCUAAAGUGCUUGACAC